AUGGAUGGACCUUCGCAGGAUGGCAACGAGCCGGUCAGAAUAAUAAGAACAACUAGAACUCAUUUGUUGUGUCUAUCCAGAGCUCACAACAAAUUUUCAAUUCAGCUAUACCAAGAAUUUGCAAAAGAUGGCAAGCGGCCGGGUAAUUUUGUAAUAUCUCCUGUCAGUGUAUCUCUCGGAUUAGGAAUGAUACACAUUGGUGCUCGCGGUUCUUCAAGAGAAGAGUUGAACAAAUCGUUACAUCUGCACGAAGUUCAGGAUAAUCAACUACUUCCAGCUUAUGCUGCCCUGCACUGGGAUGUGACAAAAACUGCACAGCCAAGAGGAGGAAUAUUCGAGUUUGCCAUAAGACUUUUUGCCCAACCUGGUCAUGUAAUGACAGCAGCAUACGAGCGGAUCUGCUCGAGAUAUGAUAUUACAAGAAUGAAAAAUGUUGAUUUUCGUAAUAGACCUGAUUUAGCUCGUAAAGAAAUCAAUCAAUGGGCGGAAGAAAAAACUCAUGGUCGUGUCAAGGACGUUUUGCCAACAGGAAUCGCCGAUACAGACACAAGUUUAUUGCUGCUUUGUGCAACAUAUGCAAAAUUGUCUUUUUUAUACCCAUUUGAUAAAAAGAAAACCACUUGCUUACCUUUUUAUUUGCACAUGGAGGCCCCACAAGUACCGAUGAUGUAUCAGAGACGAUGUUUUCGAAUGGCAUUUAUUUAUAAACUUGACUGCGAUAUUUUAGAAUUACCAUUAUCGAGCGGAGAAUUAAAAUUUCUUGUUUUACUGCCAAGAAGAUCCGAAAAUAUUACACGUCUCGAAAUGAAGUUGUCGAGAUCAGUUUUGGAUAACGCACUCGAUCGAAUGCAAGAAGAAUUAGUAGACGUUUACUUGCCAAAAUUCCGUUAUGAAUUGGGAAUAAUAUGUUGGGAUGCUCUUGUCAAAUUGGGAAUAAAAAACUUGUACAUUAGCGGAAAAGCGGAUUUUUCAGGUCUUGAUGGUACAACGUCCCUCUUCCUUUCAAGAGUUUUUCACCAUUUGUGCUUUGAAAUAGACGAAGGCGCGUCGACACCGGCAACGGAAGUUAAUUCUUCUAUAGGGCCUGACACCAGCGUCCAGCAACAGGUUCCGAAAAUUUUUCGAGCCGAUCAUCCAUUUUUAUUUUUAGUGAUAGAAGAACGAACUGCAGCAAUCCAUUUCAUUGGCCGUGUUUUCCGUCCUCAAACAUCAAGUGUCGCUUCGGUUACAUGA